CGCCGGGCCUCUGCCGGCCGCCGCGACCGAUGAUGGCGAGCUGAUCGGAUAUAGACGUCAGUCCCCGGCCCGCGCCGUAAAGCACCGCGUCCGGCGUCGCGUUUUGCGAUCGGAUCGAGCCGUUGUUGCGGCGUGACAAAUAUUCGGGUUCAGAUUCAGGUCCUGCGCACGCCCAGGGUCGUCUGGAGACCGCAGCACCGCCGUCUCCACCGUCAAGAUGACCGUCCUCCGGGGCCCCCGCUCCCGGGUUCUCCGAGGCUCACUCUUCGGCAGCUCCCUCCUGGUGCUGCUGGUCGCCCUCCACAUCGUCACCGAUGCCAGCCCCGUCACACCGCCGUCAACGACGACGUCGAGCCAGGUGGUGGACGACGUGUGCUACACCGACGGCUGCAACCACACGGCGUCCGAGUUGUCGUUCUCCAUCAACGCGCAGGCGGACCCGUGCCAGGACUUCUACCAGUUCGCAUGCGGCGGAUACGAGAUGGGUACGGAGAUCCCCGAGGACUCCGAGUCCGUGAGCGUCAUCUCGCAGAUGGAGUCCAAGCUGCGUAAGCAGCUGCAGCAGUUGCUGUCGGAGCCGGACCGGGAGGCUGACCCGGCCGCCUUCAACAAGGCGAAGACGCUCUACCGCUCGUGCGUCAACACGACGCGCCUGGAGGAGCGGGGACUGGAGCCCGCCCGCAAGAUCCUGGAGGUGGCGGGUGGUUGGCCGCUGCUGGAGAACGACUCCUGGGACGAGAGUAAGUUCGACUGGAAGCAGACACUAUACGCGUUCGAAGAGAUGGGCAUCUCGAGCGAAUAUUUUCUGUUCAACGUUGCCGUGUCCGUCGACGCCAAAAACGCCACAAAGCACAUAACCCAUAUUUCGCCACCUGUAUUCCACCUGAACGUCAAGCCUCUGGACAUCAAGUCGCAGCUCGUGCACAUCAAGAAAUUCGUAGACCAGUUGAAAGCAAGCGCCCUUUUGCUGGCCGAGCCGAACUCCACCAGGACCAACGCCAGCUUGAUUGAGAUCGAGUCGAGGAUGGCUAUCGGUUUUGAGGUCGCGCUGAACAGGGUGAGCGCUGAGUUCUGGCCAGGUUAACACUUUGACAUAAAUAUAAUAGAAUCAUGAAGUAAUAUUAAGUAUAUUAGUUUGUAGAGUACUGGAGGGUACUGGGUGAUCCACGCCGUCUUUUUCUCUGCUUGUACUGUACCGGAUUCAUGCGGUGCGGACGGGUUGCAUACUCGCACGGGGCCGUGAGGACCCAUGGCCGGUGCAGCUAAAUAGUUCGACCUAUUUUUCUCCGACCUGGCGAUUUUUCCAAAAUCCCCAAAGUGCUGUCCGACCUAAUUUUUUCCGACCCAUUUUUCUCCGACCUCAUCGAUAUGCUGAAAUUUUGGAAAAUGUGGCUCCUGCAGUUAUACUUAACGCACGUUUGGUUUUCCUACCCGAGGCCGGCCGAGGCCGGCCGGGUCCCAGGUGGGACUCGAACCCCAGCGCGGGUUGCCGACUAGUCGAGCUUCUCGUACAGUGCGUAAAAAUUCAAACAAAAAAACGAAUAAUUUGACGGCGCGUCGAGUAUUAGAACCCCCGACUCAGGGUUCAAAUUUCGCAACGAUAUCAAGGAGCCACGAGGUCGGUCUCGAAGCCCCAGGUGAGAAGGUGUAGUGAUGGGACCGGUUCUUUUCCCGCUCAAGCUACUGCGCUGACUCGUGCCUUGAGCCUAGGUCUCCCGGCCACCCGCCCUGUGGCGCCGUAGCCGCGCCGGUAGAGAGCCGGCCCCGUGCGCCACAAGUCAGGGGUUCGAAUCUCCCAUCCCAGUUACAUUUUUCUGAACCGGUCGAACUCUCCGAGUUGAACUUAAACCCGUCAUUUCAACCGGGCAACUUCGUGGAUGAACGAACGGUCUGGUGGUUAACGCUGCC